AUGUUGACCUUCCUGAUUCUUGUGACUGUGGCCCUGGCCUCGGCUCACCAUUCUGGUGAGCACUUUGAAGGCGAGAAGGUGUUCCGUGUCUAUGUUGAAGAUGAAAAUCAUGUCAAGUUGAUCCAUGAGUUGGCCAGCACUAACCAGAUUGAUUUCUGGAAACCAGAUUCUGUCACACAAAUCAAACCUCACAGCACAGUUGACUUUCGUGCUAAAGCAGAAGAUAUUCUCACUGUGGAGGACUUUCUGGAACAGAAUGAGCUACCAUUUGAGGUAUUGAUUGGCAACCUGAGAUCUGCAGUGGAGGCUCAGUUUGAUAGCCAAGUCCGUGCAAGUGGGCACAGCUAUGAGAAGUACAACAACUGGGAAACGAUAGAGGCUUGGACUGAACAAGUUGCUACUGAGAAUCCAGACCUCAUCUCUCGCAGUACUAUCGGAACCACAUUUGAAGGGCGCCCUAUAUACCUCCUCAAGGUUGGCAAAGCUGGAACAAAUAAACCUGCCAUUUUUAUGGAUUGCGGUUUCCAUGCCAGAGAGUGGAUUUCCCCUGCAUUUUGCCAGUGGUUUGUGAGAGAGGCUGUUCGCACCUACAGACGUGAGAUCCGCAUGACAGAUCUUCUUGACAAGUUAGACUUUUAUGUCCUGCCCGUGUUCAACAUUGAUGGCUACGUCUACACCUGGACCAAGAACCGAAUGUGGAGAAAGACCCGCUCCAUCCAUGAUGGAAACUCCUGCGUUGGCACAGACCCCAACAGAAAUUUUGAUGCUGGUUGGUGCAAGACUGGAGCCUCACAAAGUCCUUGUGAUGAAACUUACUGUGGGCCAUAUGUAGAGUCUGAAAAAGAGACCAAGGCCCUGGUUGAUUUCAUCCAUAAGAACCUCGCUUCCAUCAAGGGGUAUCUGACAAUCCACUCAUACUCGCAGAUGAUGCUCUACCCUUACUCCUAUGCUUACAAGCUUACUGAUAACAAUGAGGAGUUGAACAACCUGGCUAAAGCUGCUGUGAAAGAACUCGCCUCACUGCACGGCACCAAGUACACAUAUGGCCCAGGCGCUUCAACAAUCUAUCCUGCUGCUGGAGGCUCUGAUGACUGGGCUUAUGACCAAGGAAUAAAAUAUUCCUUCACCUUUGAACUCCGGGAUAAAGGCACAUACGGCUUUGUCCUCCCUGAGUCCCAGAUCCAGCCAACCUGUGAGGAAACAUUGCUGGCAAUCAAGCACGUUGCCAACUACAUCCUAGAACAUCUGUACUAGUUGAGAAGGCGGAGAACCUUACUUCAAAGUGCUCACUCUUCAUUUCUUUUCUAACCUGAAUUCUUGUUUUUGUUUGCCUGGAGGUUUUCCAGAUCUCAGCCUUUCUUUUAAGCCUCUGGGUCUAUUAAACUACUUAGAUCUUUUA